AUGACGCUCGAAGCGAUCAAAUACAAGGGUGGCCAGCUGCAAAUUCUAGACCAGCUUUUGCUUCCCGGCGAAUCGAAAUACAUUCCGGUAUCAAGCGUAAAGGAUGGCUGGGCUGCGAUCCAUCGUAUGCAGGUGAGGGGCGCCCCGGCCAUAGCUAUUGUUGGCUGUUUAUCGCUCGUGGUGGAAAUCUACGGUAAACAGUACGACUCAAAGGCGGAUUUGCGGAAGGAAAUGUGCGAGCAGCUACAGUAUCUCGUCACCUCGCGACCGACCGCCGUCAACCUGAAGCUGGCGGCGGAUGACUUGCACACGUUGGCGGACAGUUUGUUCAGUGAUGAAACUGUCCCAGUGGAGGCCAUGAAGCGACGAAUCAUUGAAACUGUGGAGCAGAUGCUGGUGAAAGAUAUCGAAGACAAUCGUGCCAUCGGCGACAAUGGUGCCGAUGUGCUGCUGAAAGGUAUCGAUCGACCGCUGAAAUUGUUAACCCACUGCAACACCGGAUCAUUGGCCACCGCAGGGUAUGGCACCGCACUGGGCGUCAUCAGGAGCGUCCAUGAAAGGGGUCUCUUGGAGCACGUGUAUUGCACCGAAACGCGACCGUACAACCAGGGCGCACGGCUAACGGCGUACGAGCUGGUGCACGAUCAACUGCCGGCGACUUUGGUAACCGAUAGCAUGGUAGCGGCACUGCUCCACACCAGGAAGAUCGAUGCCGUCAUCGUCGGAGCGGAUCGUGUCGCGGCGAAUGGUGACACCGCGAACAAGAUCGGCACCUAUCAGAUAGCCGUGGUGGCGAAGCACCACCAGGUACCGUUCUAUGUGGCCGCACCGUUCACAUCGAUCGAUUUUGCCAUCGAUGAUGGAUCGCGCAUCAAGAUCGAGGAGCGCCCGGAGAACGAACUAACGCACAUCGCAGGCCAGCGGAUUGCGGCGCCCGGAAUCGGCUGCUGGAAUCCGGCGUUCGAUGUGACGCCAGCAGAGUUGAUAACGGGCAUCGUCACCGAGCGCGGUGUGUUUCGUCCGAGCGAGCUCGCGAAGCGCACGAGGCAGCAGUGA